UGUCAGUGUGAUAUUAGGUUUUUUAAAUUACUCUUUUUUAAUACAGCAUUAGAAUAUUUUUGUUCUCGUGAAGUAGGAACUGCCAGUGUAGGCGACCGUGUUUGUUUACAUUCUGUCAGCCAGGAAGAGCAGUAGGAAUGGUCAUCAGAAUCCUAAUAUAAGUUGAGAGACAAACAUCACAUUGAUACACAAACAGAAGACAGCCAGAACAGUAUGUUGAUUGGACAUACAGAGUAUGGUCUGCAUACACCAAAUUUUGCAAACAAUAUAAGUUUUUUGUGUUCCUAUUGUAUAUGCAGGGGAACAUAUUGAUCUGCACUUGUUCAUCCACCUAUCAAUCUGGACCUCUGUACAUCAAUACGCAAGAUCUUUCGUCCCACCCAAGUUUAUGUACAGGAUUAUGUAAGAGCAUCUAACGUAGAAAAUGAAACUUUCGUGGCUUUUGUAUAUGUAUCAUAAGGCUUUUAAGCAAUUUGUGUGGUUGUUGAAGUGUUUAUAAUUUAUCAAGGUUUUGGACCUUGACAUUUUGUAACCAGCAGGAGAAUGUGUUAAGUAAACACUAGUUGUAAUAAAAAAAAAUAUAGUAUCUUAUUGUGAACAUAUCUUAUGAAACAUUCAAGAUAUAAAGACUGUACAUACACCUUCUGCAGCCACUGUAUUGAUGAUAAUCCUUUAAUGAUACACUGUGAUAUGCAGUGCAGUAGUGGCCCAACACCACACCAUUACUACUGAGUGGACACCAUCACCAUCUACUGCAAUAAAGUUCACCCUGACAUCAGAGCUACUAUAUGUACAGGGUUCAUUUGUAUUAAAUUAUGUAGGGCUUACAUUUCACUAUUAACAGAUUCUGAAACAUAAUUGUUGUUUUCAGUUACUAUUUUGAAACAAAUAAAUUACAAGAGAUAGGAGACUAUAGCUACAUCGGAUAGAACAGUUUUUCUGUUAAACAUCACUUAAGACUUGUGCACAGAAAUGUCAGGAUAGAUGUUUACUGACAACAACAGUAAUUUCUUUGGUUAAAAUAGUUCAAAGAGUUUAAACAAUGAGUUGAUAAAACAAAAGAUGCAGGUUUAUACAUUAUGUAGGGUGAUUGAAAGGCUUUAAACAAAAUAAUCAACAAAACACAUGUGAGUUCAUACUGGAAAGGUAUUACAGUAUAAGAGUGUUUAGGAUGUCUAAAGAUCUUACGCAAAAGCCAUCUUCUGUGACAAAUAUGAGAGUUCAUACAAGAGAGAAGCCAUAUAAGUGUACAGUAUGUGUUAAAAACUUUAUCCACAAAUCCUCACUAGUAACUCAUAUGAGGGUUCAUACAGGAGAGAAACCAUAUAAAUGUUUAGAAUGUUUCAAGAACUUUAUCCAUAAAUCUUCUCUAGUAACACAUAUGAGAGUUCAUACAGGAGAGAAACCAUAUGAGUGUACAGUGUGUUUCAAAACCUUUAUACAUAAAUACUCUUUGGUUAAGCAUAUGAGAGCUCACACAAAAGAGAAGCCAUUUACAUGUUCAGUGUGUUUUAAGAACUUCACACACAAAUACUCGCUGGUAAUACAUAUGAAAGUUCAUAGAGGAGAGAAGCCAUUCCACUGCUCAGUGUGUCUUAAAAACUUUACUCGUAAGUCCUCUCUUGUAAAACAUACUAGAGUUCAUACAGGAGAAAAGCCAUUCAAGUGCUCAGUGUGUCUUGAGGACUUUUCUCAAAAAUGUGUUCUGGUAAAUCAUAUGAAAGUUCAUACAGGAGAGAAACCAUUCAAAUGUUCAUUGUGUCUUAAAAUAUUCACAUAUAAAUCCUCUCUGGCAAGACAUAUGAAAAGUCAUACAGGAGACUAAUCAGCUGUAUGUCUGUAGAACAUUACUUGUGAAUACGUUUGAGUUAAUAUAGGAGAGAAACCAUUUUAGUGUUCAGAGUGUCUUGAAGACCCUUUAAAACUGUACUUUAGGAAGAUAUAUAAGACAUUCCAUGUCCAGUGUGAACACCCUCUAGAUUCAGUCUCACAGCGUAUGAUUAAACAUCACAUGUGUGUUGGCUUCUAACAAAUGUUGACUUAUUAGAAAAUUUUCUGUUGUCUAAAGGUAAAAUACUUGAUUCUGUAGAUUUUUGUAUGAGAUGUGACCUGGGAAGGUUCAAAGAGGUGAGGGUGUGUCAUUGUUAUGCCAGGGUGAUGCAAGCUUGAUUAUAUACUGUGUGUGAAAUUUCUUCGGUUAACCUGUCUAGAGUUGACAAAAAUCCUUUUUUUUUUUAUUUAUUUAUUUUUUUUAAUGAAAACCUAACCCAUCCAUAUGUACAUAUUUUUUUCUCGGGGUCUUACAACUUUCGGUAUGUACAGGUAUGGGACCAUUUAUCCAGCGUGCUCGGGACCUAGGGGGCUGGAUAGGGCUUUAUUCCAUAAUUUGGAGUGCCUGGUCUAAAAUGUACAGUAAACCCUCUGUAACUGGCAGUGAAGCCUCUGUCCAAAUCACUAGGCUUGCUCUUAAAAGUAGCUUCAACUGUACACUGAAACAAUAAAAUUUAUGAUUGUAGGUGUAUAAACAUCAAUAACAAAAGAAUAGCAAUAUUGAAAGCAUAAAAAGAGCAAAAAUUAUACAAGGUAGUGUACAAACUGCAUGCCAGAUGUCACUGACGGUCAUCUUCGCAAUGCAGCAGCAUCCCCAGCAGUGAUACUCCGUGCCACGGACCCUCCAAUAUCUUCACACUUGCCACACAGCUUCAUGGUAGAUACAGUACUUAAAACUUUAUACCUUAUGGUAAUUAUAACUUUUGUUCCUUUUUGCACUUUCCUUUUGUAGGAUUCUGUGUACCGGUACCUGUACUGUACAUGUGAGUAAAAAAAUUACGUACAGGAUAUCUACCUGAAAAUAUGAGUUAAAAACAUCCACAGGUGGAGAAUUGUUGGAAAUAUCCUUGCUUGGCCUGCGAAUUACUGGUAUACUUGGUAUAUGGUAUACUACAGGUACUCAUAUAAAUAAUUCGUUCCAAAACGUAGCUGGUUUUUGGAGCAUUCCGGAUAUCAGGAUGCCGGAUAAACAGUCCCAUACCUGUGUGUGUGUGUGUCUCAAUAAGAAAAAUCAUUUGAUUCAGCCAUAAUGUACAGCUGAAUUGUUGCUAAAUUGAGUUAACUUUUUGUUGUUAUUGCUGUGAGGAAUAUAAAUCAUUUCAUAUGAGGUCAUUUUUGCUCUUUUUCAUAAGAGAUGUCAUUUACUAUCAUAACCUAACCAAAUUACUGUACUGUAUACCUAAAUUAGGUUAGUUAAGGUGAAGUUAUGUGAGGUAAGAUUUAGUAGGGAUGCUAUGGGUUCAGUGUUUAAAAUCCAAUUGUCAGGAAACUGAGAAUGUGAGAAAACCAUACAUUUUCACCACAAUAUAUAAACAUUCUUAAGAGGUACAGUAUAGCAUAUCAUCAUCAUCAUGAUUGUUUUAUGGCCAUUUUCCAAUCUUUGUGUGGGUUAGCCAUGAUUACCUAAUGGCAGCUCUCCAGGUCUCUUGCAGUCUCUUGUGAGGUGCUUAUCUUUGAGGUCAUUUCUCAAAAUCUGUCCCCAUGUCAUUUUUGGGCCUCCAUAUUCAAACUCAUGAAUCUCUUGACCCAGUUAGUCUCUUCCAUUCUCUCCACAUACCCAAACCAUAUUGACCUACUUCUACAUAAAACUUCAUCAUACUUUUGUUUUCUGAGCAGGAUUUCAAAUUAUUUACUAUUACAGAACAUCACAUCAUACUCAUUUCAUUUCUCUCAGGUCUGCUGCCCAAGUUUUGCUCCUUUACCCACACCAUACUUUAUGCCAACUACAUACAACUUUCCAUUCAAGUGAAGAGGUCCUCUCGCCAUUAAUAAAGGCAAUAACUCCCUAAACUUCUUCCAGGCACUUCUGAUUCUUGCAAUUGAGUUAGCUUUGGCACCACCCCCUGCACUUAUCUCGUCAUCCAGGUAGCAGAACUCAUUGCCACAAUCUAGGGAUAUACUGUAUGGCCAGUAUUUAACUUUUCCUGUCAUCCAAAGGCCAGACAUACCUCUUAGAAAGCUAUUUCUUCAUAAUGCUCAUAUUUCUUGGAAAUUUUAAAUAUAAGAAAAAAUAAAUAAAAUUUAUAAAAUAGUACAAGAGUUCUGGAGAUUAUAUAAGACAUAACACUCUCUUGUUUACUUUAAGCUGCACACUCAACCAUUGAGAAUGAUGGAUGCUGAUUUCCAAUCAGUGCCCAAUUCUGCCAGUUUUUACUUUUGACUGUAGUGCUCAGCUCAGGUUGAGGAAAACAUCAUUCCUGCUCACUGCAAAGCUUAACCUGAGUCUGCAAUCAUCAAAAAAUAACUGCAUGCAACCAGUAGGUGCUGCCAUCUCCCAGUGUCAGUCAAGCCUGUGGCAUAAACAAUGUUUGCCAUUCCACUGCUGACACCAACCCAGGCAUCCUAUGUAGUAAGAAAAUCAGAUGCAUAUUGAUUUUUUCACUAGUUUUCUCAGCUAUUUAGGUGAGUUAUAGACUUGAUGAUAACAUCUAGGUAUGCUAUGUAAAUUUAUUUUAUGUAUCAUACUUUACUGCAUAAAUAAAGAACUGUAAGAAAAAUUCAAA